AGCAGUUUGAUACAUAGCAACGGCGUUAGUAGUGGCAAUGGUAUAUAUGGUUGCAAAAGACUUUGAGGGAAAAUAAUCGGACGCGUCGUGUCAAGCUCGCACCCAAAGCGAUCUACAACAACACUGCCAUCGAUCAAUAUCUCGACGACUGUGGAUCUCAACGGUUUGGCUCAUAUAGUUUGUAUUUUUUUUUGUGCAUUUACACAAUAUACGAUGAACGCCGCGAGUGUGGUAUUCGCGGUGAUCGUCGUGACUCUGUCAAUGGCCGGGUCGGGCCACGGUAUGGCGUAUACUGUGUUCCAGGCAGUGGUCGAGUACUACCGGAUGCUGGGACCAGCACCAAAAGAUGCCGUGCCGGACGCGGGUUUCGUAAGGCGGCAAUAUGAUUUUGUGGUGGUGGGUGCCGGUUCCGGUGGUUCGGUGGUGGCCAACCGGCUGACCGAAGUGGCUGGCUGGACAGUGCUGCUGAUCGAGGCUGGCGGCGAGGAGAACGCCAUGACGGACGUGCCACUGCUGGUAAGCUAUCUAAUCGGCACCGGAUUCGACUGGGGCUACCGAACCGAACAGCAGGAAGGUAUAUGCGGUGCGAUGACUGACCGGAAGUGCAUGUGGCCCAGGGGCAAAGUGAUGGGUGGUACCAGUGUUAUCAACUACAUGGUGUACACGCGUGGCGUGCCGGACGACUACGACAACUGGGCCAGACUGGGCAACGACGGGUGGAGUUACGCGGACGUGCUUCCGUACUUCAAGAAAUCGGAGGACGUCAGGCAGAGCCCGCUGACGGAGUCACCGUACCACGGCCGCGGUGGGUAUCUCAAGGUGGAGGAGCCUACGUGGAAGACCAAACUAGGACCUGUGUUCCUGCGCGCCGGUCGCGAGUUGGGCUAUGAGGUGCCAGCUGACCACAACGGGCCGCGGCCGUUGGGUUUCUCGUACGUGCUAGCCACGACAGACCACGGAACCCGGUGCAGUGCGUCAAAGGCGUUCCUGCGGCCAAUCCGCAACAGGCCAAACUUCACAGUCACCAAAAAUUCACUGGUGACAAAAGUACUCCUGGACCCACACACCAAACGUGCCACCGGUGUCAAGUUCGUGAAAAACGGACAGACUAUAGUGGUGCACGCACGCAAGGAGGUAAUACUGAGUGCCGGCGCACUCAACACGCCGCAGAUACUGAUGUUGUCAGGCAUAGGGCCGGCCGAUCAUCUGGCCGAAGUCGGCGUGCCCGUCGUCAAGGACCUCAAGGUGGGCUACAACCUGCAGGAUCACGUGUCCAUGGCCGGGCUGGUUUUCCUGGUCAACCAGUCGGUGACCAUUAUCGAGAGCCGGUACCGAAACCCCAAGUACCUACUCCAGUACGCCGUCAGCGGCGGAGGUCCGUUCACCAUACCGGGGGGCGCGGAGGCGCUAGCGUUCACGGCCACACGGCACGCGACCAACGGAUCCGUGGUGCCCGACAUGGAACUGGUGUUUGGUCCAGGGGCCUUAACCGGUGACACAGGUGGGUCGUUGCGCCGGUUGCUCGGCAUGAACGACACUUUCUAUGAUCAGGUAUACGGAAAGUUCAAAGAACACGACGCUUGGGGUCUGGUGCCGAUCCUGCUCCGGCCCCUGAGUCGUGGACGCGUCAAGCUGAGGUCGACCAAUCCUUUCCAAGCACCAAUGUUCUACGCUGGCUACCUGACGGACAAGCGGGACAGAGAAACUCUUAUCGAAGGCAUAAAGCAGGCAAUUGCAGUGAGCGAGACUCCGGCGUUCCAAAAAUACGGUUCGAGGCUGUUGCCGAUUCCGUUCCCCGGCUGCGAACACGAGCAGUUCAUGUCGGAUGCGUAUUGGAUGUGCGCCACCGGACUCGUGUCCACCAACCUGCACCACCAGUCGGGCACCUGCAAGAUGGGGCCGGACACGGACCCGGACGCCGUUGUGGACGCGAAGCUCCGAGUGCGCGGUGUCAAAGGUCUCCGGGUGGUCGACACUUCCAUCAUGCCCGUCAUACCGGCCGGCCACACCAAUGCGAUGGCUUUCAUGAUCGGCGAGAAAGCGUCCGACAUGAUCAAGGAAAACUGGCUCAAAUGAAAACGGAAACGACACUACACGAUAGCGAUAUAACUGCGACACGUCUACGUAAAACCACCUGCAGCAUAUACAAUGUAAUAAUUCAUAUAGAGUAAUUUGACCGGGAGACCGGAGUAUAUACCUAUAAGCAUAUUAUUAUUGGAUUGCGGUGGACCGUCGUCAUAACGGGUCGUCGAGAGCGUUGAAUUUAAUUUUUUUAGACCAGAAUUCCAUUUGUAAGCAACGAGGAAGUGAUUUUAAACCAUGACCGCGAACGCGAACAUCGUACAUAGUACGCACCUAUAAGGUUGAAACGUAUAAAAAUAAUGAUUAUACGAAAUGAUUAAAAAAAAAAAUUGUUUUUACAUUUUAAUCUGAUAUACCUAAUUUAUCUAUGUAUUAUGAUCUCACCAAAUCAACAUUUGUAUUAUUGUUUCUCAAUCAAUAUGUCUAUAUUGUUUGAAUUGCUAAAAUUAACAAUUAAAUCAAAGAAACGCCAAAUGUAUAAUAUUUUUACCUAUAAACUGUUUUUGUUAAUGUGUUCAUGCCUUAAUGGUUAUAACUUUUAACUAAUUAUAAGAUAAUGUAAAUAAUAAUUAGUUUGAAAUUUGUAUCAUGAUUUAUUUAAUAUGUAUGUGAGUUAAUAAGUAUAUUAAUUUAAAAAUGCAACGGUAUAAAGUUAUUUGUUUCUGAAC